AUGUUACACGCAACUCCAACGAAGAGCGCGGAGCGAGGGCAGAGGCUUCAGGGGCUAGAGCGAGAGUGUGACAUGGGUGCACGCGUUGAGCGAGAGUCAAGCCCAGAGCAGCAAAGACAAGGAUUGGAGAUGGAGACUUGUAAAAUGAAACAUGAAACACGAAGCGGGAAGAGGCAGGAAAAUGCACAAAGACUCCACAUCCACGUUGGCAUAAGCCACUCAUUCUCUCUGAGCCGUCAGAUUUUCGCGAUUCUUGGCUGGACUCGAUGGCGAUUGGCCCAAGGCGCGUGGGAUCCUGGCGCGUGUCUACCAGCGAAUAAGAGGAGAGAGCCAGGAUCGCGAGAAUAUCUGGGGUUGAGUCUUUUUGGAGUCGAGGCUGUGUAUCUGCUCUACUCUUUUAAGCGCCCGCUGUUUUUUCGCUUGGUCGAGGCCACUGAAACCCGGUAA